GGGAGGGGCCUGGGGCCCAGUGCCCACUCACCUGCCCCGAGUGCAGGAAGCGCUUCAAGAGCAAAGCGGCCCUCCAGACCCACGGGCGGAUCCACACGGGGGAGCGGCCCUUUGCCUGUGCCGAGUGCGGGCGGAGCUUCACCCAGCGGCAGCACCUGGCCACCCACCUGCGGGUGCACGGGGGGGAGCACCCUUUCGCCUGCGCCACCUGUGGCUGCACCUUCCGCCUGCAGAAGCUGCUCCUGACGCACCAGAGGAAGGCUCACUCGGAUGAGCCGCCCUUGUCUUGUGCCGACUGCGGCAAGCUCUUCAACCACAAGCACCACCUGAUGACCCACCAGCGGGUGCACACGGGCGAGCGCCCCUUCCCCUGCCUGGCCUGUGGCAAGAGCUUCACCCAGAAGCACCACCUCCAGACGCACCAGCGCAGCCACUCCGUGGACCGGCCCUUCCCUUGUGCGGCGUGCGGCAAGACCUUCAAGGACCGCACCGGCGUCUUGAUGCACCAGAUCGUCCACACGGGCGCCAAGCCCUUUGCCUGCCAGAGCUGCAGCAAGAUCUUCAGCCACAAGCACCACCUGGUGAUCCACCAGCGCGUUCACACUGGCGAGAAGCCCUUCUCUUGCACGGUGUGUGGGAAGCGGUUCACCCAGAAGCACCAUCUCCUGAGUCACGAGCGCAUCCACACGGGUGAACGCCCGUACCACUGCGAGGAGUGCCCCCGCAGCUUCAAGGACCGGAUAACCCUCAAGCUGCACGUGCGGCUCCACACAGGCGAGAAACCGUUUUCCUGCACCCGCUGCGGGGAGAGCUUCCGGCUGCGGAAGGCGCUGCUCUCCCACCAGCGGGCCCAUGACACCCCUGCGCAGCUCAUCUGCACAGAGUGCGGGGAGAGCUUCCCGCGUUUGCGCAGCUUGGCCGCCCACAGGCGGCGGAUGCACCCCUCAGCGCCAAAGGAAAUGGCCUCCCGGCCUGGGUCGGCCGGUAAACCCCUCUGCAUCCCUGAGUCCCAGGCUGGUGGGGAGAAGGGACAAGCAUAG